AUGGAGGAGGAGCGGGAGGAGGCGGGCGUGGCGCUGACGGGGAGGCGGGCGCGGGCGGACACGAGGCACCCGGUGUACCGGGGCAUCCGGCUCAGGGGCGGCAAGUGGGUGUCGGAGAUCCGGGAGCCGGGCAAGGCCAGCAGGAUCUGGCUGGGCACGUACCGGACGCCCGAGAUGGCCGCCGCCGCGUACGACGCCGCCGCAUUGGCGCUGCGGGGGGCCCGGGCCGCCGGCCCCGCGCUCAACUUCCCCGGCGAGGCGCUGUCGCGGCCCGCGCCGGCGUCGUGCGCGCCGGACGACAUACGGGCGGCCGCGGCCGCAGCCGCGGCGAUGGUUGUCGAUGCCGGCAGCUCUCCUCGGACGGAGGCUGAUGGCGGCCGCUCCGGGUCCGGGAGCUGCGGCGCGGGUGAACAGGGCCCCGUCGUGGACGAGGACGACGUCUUCGAGAUGCCGCGGCUGCUGGCGAGCAUGGCGGAGGGGCUGAUGAUGAGCCCGCCGAGGCUGGGCGCGGCGACGGCGGUGGACGACGACCACGAUGGCGGCAUGAGCUUGUGGGAACACUCUUGAGUUUCUCUUCUUUCUCCUGUGGGUGUAGCUGGUCUGUUGCACUUGCACUAGUACGAAACUUGAACGAGCAGACACAGCACACAAGUACAGAGCUGCGCGAACUUUGCGGCUCCCCUUAUCGAUACGUGGCAAGUUGAUCUCGUCAUAUUGGUUAU